CUCAGCCGCUGAUCGCCGGCGGCUCCGGGCCACCUGUGAGUUUUCCUCCCGGCGGGUGCUGUUACUGCUUACCUGGCAGAUGUUCCCAGACUGAGAAUGGCAUGGCGUGGAGGACACUGCAGUAAAAGUGUUUAAUCACCAUUUCUUUGGAGACCUGCAAACAAAAAAGAAAUAGAAGCCAUUAACCUACCUUGUUCAGAGAGAGCACUAAAUCAGCACAAUAUGGCACAGCAUAGUAUUGUCCUUGGAUUAUUCAUGAUGACUGUUUUAUCACUGUUGGAUGGAAGUUCAGCUUUCCUGUUAAAUCAGCGUCUGAAGGGAAGAUUUCAAAGAGACCGUAGAAACAUCCGCCCAAACAUCAUCCUUGUUCUUACUGAUGAUCAGGAUGUAGAACUUGGUUCUAUGCAAGUGAUGAAUAAAACAAGGCGGAUCAUGGAACAUGGAGGUGCUCAUUUCAUCAAUGCCUUUGUGACAACACCCAUGUGCUGCCCAUCUCGCUCCUCUAUUCUUACGGGGAAGUACGUCCACAACCACAACACUUACACUAACAACGAGAACUGUUCUUCUCCGUCCUGGCAGGCUCAGCAUGAAAUACGUACGUUUGCAGUGUACCUCAACAACACAGGAUACAGGACAGCUUUCUUUGGAAAGUACCUUAAUGAAUACAAUGGCUCCUAUGUGCCUCCUGGUUGGAAAGAAUGGGUUGGAUUACUUAAAAACUCUCGAUUUUACAAUUACACACUCUGUAGAAAUGGAGUGAAGGAGAAGCAUGGAUAUGACUACUCCAGGGAUUAUCUAACUGAUCUGAUUACCAAUGACAGUAUUACCUUCUUCAGAAUCUCAAAGAAGAUGUAUCCUCACAGGCCUGUACUGAUGGUUAUAAGCCAUGCUGCUCCUCAUGGCCCUGAAGAUUCAGCCCCUCAGUACUCACAUCUCUUUCCUAAUGCCUCACAACACAUCACUCCCAGUUAUAACUAUGCUCCAAACCCCGACAAGCACUGGAUAAUGAGGUAUACAGGUCCCAUGAAACCUAUACACAUGGAGUUCACUAACAUGCUACAGAGAAAGCGCCUUCAAACGCUCAUGUCUGUGGACGACUCUAUGGAGAUGAUUUACAAUACGUUGGUUGAAACAGGUGAACUGGACAAUACGUAUAUAAUAUACACAGCAGACCAUGGUUAUCAUAUUGGGCAGUUUGGGCUGGUGAAAGGAAAGUCAAUGCCAUAUGAGUUUGAUAUCAGAGUUCCUUUCUAUGUCCGAGGUCCAAAUGUGGAGGCUGGGUCCUUGAAUCCUCACAUUGUGUUGAAUAUUGAUCUCGCACCUACGAUUCUAGAUAUUGCUGGAUUGGAUAUUCCAUCUGAUAUGGAUGGUAAAUCCAUUCUAAAGCUUCUGGAUUCUGAGAGACCAGUGAAUAGGUUCCAUUUAAAGAAAAAGAUGAAGGUGUGGAGAGACUCGUUCCUAGUGGAAAGAGGUAAACUGCUGCAUAAGAGGGAGAAUGAGAAGGUAGAUGCCCAAGAAGAAAACUUUCUACCCAAAUACCAGCGUGUGAAAGACCUCUGUCAGCGAGCUGAGUAUCAAACAGCUUGUGAACAGCUUGGCCAGAAAUGGCAGUGUGUGGAAGAUGCCAGUGGAAAGCUCAAGCUACACAAGUGCAAGGGAAUGGCAAACUUGGCAGCUGCAGGCAACAGCAAAGGCACCUCUAAUAUUUUGCCCAAGUAUUACAACAGGAAUAGUGAAGACUGCAACUGUGAAGAGAACGAAUACAAGCUGAGCCACGUCGGACGGAGAAAGAAACUCUUCUCCAAGAAAAAAUACAAACCAAGCUAUAUCCGGAAUCGCUCGAUCCGUUCUGUAUCUGUUGAGCUGGAUGGAGCCAUUUAUAACUUGGGUUUAGAGGAUGGAUACCAACCUGUCUUACCAAGAAACAUCACCAAGCGGCACAAGAUGCAGAGGGCUAUUCUUCGUGAGGAGGAAGAUAAAGACGUGGGGGAAUACAGUGGCACUGGUGGCAUUGCAGAGUAUACAGCCCCUAACCUAAUAAAAGUGACUCACAGGUGCUAUAUCCUGGAGAAUGAUACCGUUCAGUGUGACACAGAUCUGUACAGGUCACUGCAAGCUUGGAAGGACCAUAAACUUCAUAUUGACCACGAGAUUGAAACUUUGCAAAAUAAAAUAAAAAACCUGAGGGAGGUGAGAGGUCAUCUGAAGAAGAAGCGACCUGAAGAGUGUGAUUGUAACAAGAUAAGUUACCAUUCAAAACACAAAAGCAAACUGAGGCACAAGGGAUCUAGUCUUCAUCCUUUCAAGAAAGCCCUACAGGAGAAAGACAGGCUGUGGCUGCUUAGAGAGCAAAGGCGAAAGAAGAAACUGCGCAAACUGCUUAAGAGAAUAAAAAAUAACGACACGUGCAGCAUGCCUGGUCUGACCUGCUUCACCCAUGACAACCAACACUGGCAAACUGCUCCCCUGUGGACACUGGGCCCUUUUUGUGCCUGUACCAGUGCCAACAACAACACAUACUGGUGUUUGAGGACAAUCAACGAGACCCACAACUUCCUGUUUUGUGAAUUUGCUACUGGAUUUUUGGAGUAUUUUGAUCUCAAUACUGAUCCGUAUCAGCUAAUUAAUGCAGUGAAUACGCUAGAUAGAGACGUUCUCAAUCAACUGCACGUCCAGCUCAUGGAACUAAGAAGCUGCAAAGGGUAUAAACAAUGCAAUCCAAGAACUAGGAACAUGGAUCUGGGACUUAAAGAUGGAAGCUACGAGCAGUACAGGCAGUUUCAGCGUCGAAGGUGGCCAGAUGUGAAGAGACCAUCAUCUGCCAAGUCACUAGGACAACUGUGGGAAGGAUGGGAGGGCUAACCUCCCCCAACUGCUGCACCUCCAUGAGGAUACAAACUGGCCAGAACUUGAAUCCAUGUACAGACUAAAUGAA